GUCUCAGAAUGAACACAGUGAUGGAGAAGACGAUGGGCAAAUAGGAGAGCAUCAUAUGACAGACUCUGAAAAUGAAGAUAUUCCAAGGCAAAAAGACAGUGACUCCGAUAAUGAGGAGCCUCCAAACCACAAUUUAAGCGAUUCGGACAAUGAAGCUGCUCACGGAGGAAAAGACAGUGAUUCUGAUGCUGAGGACCGUCCAAAUCGGCAUUUAAGUGACUCUGAAAAUGAGGAUGCCUUAAAUCGAGUGAGUGACUCUGAAAAUGGAGAACCUCAAAGGGAUCAGAGCAGUGAUUUUGAAAAUGAAUCACAGAAGCAACCGGCCAGCGACUCGGAGAGCGAGGAGCUUCACAAGCAGCCGACCAGCGACUCGGAGAGCGAGGAGCUGCGCAAGCAGCCGGCCAGCGAUUCCGAGAGCGAGGAUGUUUCCAGACACAAACGGGAAGUAGAGUCUGAUGAUAGUGAUGUUGAGGACAGGAAGGAGGUGCAGAAUGAUUCUCAUCAUUCAGAUAACGAACCUGUGAGAAAAGGAUUUCAGGGCUCUGACAGUGAAGAGGAUGGUCCUAAAAGACGAAAAAUAUCAGACAGUGAUGAAGAAGAGAAAGAGGAGGAGAAGACAGUGAAAAGAAAAACAGCCGUACUUUCUGACAGUGAGGAUGACAAUGAGAAAACACCUGCAAAGAAAGUGCGAAUUCUUUCUGAUGUCGAUGAAUCGGAUAGUGAUGCUGCUUCAGAGAAAUCUGACAAAAGGAAGAAAAAUGCUGUAUCAGACAGUGAAGAAGAAGAAGAAGAUAGGAAAGAGAAUGCUGGGAAGAAAAAAGAAGAGAAAGAUCUGUUUGGAAGUGACAGUGAAUCUGGAAAUGAUCAAGAGAACCUGAUUGCAGAUAUAUUUGGAGAAUCUGGUGAUGAAGAGGAGGAGGAAUUUACAGGUUUUAACCAGGAAGACUUGGAAGAAGAGAAAGCUGAUGCAGACAUGAAGGAAACAGCAGAUGAAUCCGAUUCUGAUGAUAACAUCAAAAGAGGGAAGCACAUGGACUUCAUGUCAGAUUUUGACAUGAUGCUGCAACGAAAGAAGAGCAUGAGUGGCAAACGCAGACGGAACCGCGACGGAGGGACUUUCAUUAGUGACGCAGAUGAUGUGGUCAGCGCGAUGAUUGUGAAGAUGAAUGAAGCUGCUGAGGAGGAUCGACAGCUGAAUACACAAAAGAAACCAGCACUAAAGAAAUUAACUUUGCUACCAACUGUAGUUAUGCAUCUUAAAAAGCAGGACCUCAAAGAAACUUUCAUUGAUAGUGGUGUUAUGUCUGCUAUCAAAGAGUGGCUUUCGCCUCUUCCAGACCGAAGUCUGCCAGCACUAAAGAUACGAGAAGAACUUCUGAAGAUCCUUCAAGAGCUGCCCAGUGUGAGCCAAGAGACCCUGAAGCACAGUGGGAUCGGGCGAGCUGUGAUGUACCUCUACAAGCACCCCAAAGAGUCAAGACCUAACAAGGAUAUGGCAGGGAAGCUAAUCAAUGAAUGGUCCAGGCCCAUUUUUGGCCUUACCUCAAAUUACAAAGGCAUGACGAGAGAGGAGAGGGAGCAGAGAGAUUUGGAACAGAUGCCUCAGCGGAGGAGACUGAGCAGCUCUGGCGGUCAGACUCCUCGCAGGGACCUAGAGAAGGUGUUAACAGGAGAGGAAAAGGCGCUCCGGCCUGGGGACCCUGGAUUCUGUGCCCGGGCGAGGGUGCCGAUGCCCUCCAACAAGGACUACGUAGUCAGACCAAAGUGGAACGUGGAAAUGGAGUCCUCCAGGCCCGGGACUAUUAAGAGAGGUAUUAGUCGCUUGGAAAAGCACAAGAGACGGUUUGCUGAACAGAAACGACUCAGCAAAGUGCAUCGAGCCAUCAAGUUCAGCAUUGAAGGCAACAGGAUGCCCCUGUAGCCAUGACACUGCCUUCCCCAAGUUUGAGAGUUCCAGGGAACCUCUAAGAAAGGGGUGAGUCGACUGGACAAACAGAUGCGGAAAUUCACAGAUAUCAGGAAAAAAAGCAGAUCGGCCCAUGCGGUGAAAAUCAGCAUUGAGGGCAAUAAGAUGCCAUUGUGACCCUUCACAGAAUACCCCAACCUCUGCUGUAAGACAGACACCCAUAGACUCUUGGGAGACCUUUAUAUUUUUUAACAACAUGUUUGGGUUAUAUUUUUUUUUUAGUGAAUCUUUAAACUGUUGCUUCAGGUUCUGGUAUAAAAUGUUGUCUAAGGACUGUGAAUAUGGGGACUACUUUCUCCUGAUUGUAUUUAAAUUUGCUCUAUUGUGUCCUUUGUACAGAUCGAGUAUUUGUUGUACUGCAACACUUUAGACAAUAAAAAACAUCCUUCUGUUCUUUUUU